AUGAUCGAAAAUGUUGAUAUUAUGUUUAUUGAAGAACCAGUAUUGCCUGGUGACGUGGCUGCUCUCAAACAGAUCUCGUCUUCUACGAGUAUUCCCAUUGCCACUGGAGAACGUUUGUUCACACGUUGGCAGUUCAACGAUCUUAUCGAACAACAAGCCGUAGCAAUCAUUCAACCCGAUAUCUCCCACUGUGGAGGUAUCUUUGAAGCGCGCAAAAUAGCUUCCAUGGCCGAAGCUCGAAAUAUUGCUGUGGCGCCCCACUGUCCAUUGGGUCCUAUUGCUCUGGCAUCCUCGCUACAAUUGGACUCAUGUACGCCAAAUGUCCUAUGUCAAGAACAUUUGACAUUAGGUCAUGACUACUUGAAAGUCCCGUUUCAGGUCAAGGAAGGCUAUGUGAAUGUACCUCAUCUGCCUGGACUUGGAAUUGAGAAAAUGACUUCUAAAAUAUCUUCUUCUUUAACAUCAUCGAUGACUUCAUUUUUAUGUGAUUUGAUACGUAUUCGUUCGGUUUGUGGAAUUAAUGCUGAACAUUUUGUUGCUCAACGAAUUUGUGUUGAAUGUCAAAGUUUAAAAUUAAAAUAUGAUUUAAUAUCAGCACCCAAUGAAGAACAUCGGCCAAAUGUAAUUGUUACUGCUGGAAAUGGUCCUUCAAAGUUUUUGUUUGUUGGUCAUAUGGAUACAGUAAAUGUUGAAGAUGAAACUCAAUGGUCAUUUCCACCAUUCGCCGGUAUUAUCGAUGACAAAACUCAAAGAAUUAUUGGACGUGGUUCAUGUGACAACAAAGGUGGUAUUGUUUGUGCUUUGUACACAUUGUAUUUGCUUCAACAACUUAUUGAUGAGCAAAACUUAAAUGUCAGUAUUCAAUUAGCAUGUGUUGUUGAUGAAGAAAGUGGUGCUUGUUCAUCAAUUGGUGUUCGUUAUUUAUUAGAUAGAAAAUUAAUUUCGGGUUCUGGUGCUAUCUACGUCUACCCAGGUACAAAUGUUACUAUUGGACAUCGAGGACUAUUAAGAUUAGCAAUUGAUGUCAAGGGUGAAAACGUCCAUACUGGAAGUGUAGAAUGGAAUACUAAAAUGAAAGGAGCUAAUGCGUCAACUACUUUAGCUCGAAUUUUAAUAGCAUUGGAAGAUUAUGCUUGGAACAACGAUAAAGAUCCAUCCUUUCCUAAUUUAACAUUGACUGUAACUCCAGGUACGAUCUUUAAUGGUGGUGGUUUUCCAUCCGUCGUUCCGUCGAAUGCUUCAGCUAUGGUUGACAUUCGCCUAAUGCCAUCGACAUCUGUUGAUGAUAUUUUGAAAAAAAUUGAAAACAUUAUGAAAACUAUAAUUAAUGAACGAAAUGAAUUUUAUCGUAAAAUGACAUUUAAUUCAACCUCACCUGCUCGAUUAUCGGCAUCUAUUACAAUUAAAAAUCAAUUACCAGCUGCAACAAUUGAUUCAAAUCAUCCGCUAGUUCUCUCUUGUGUGAAUGCAGUUAAAAAGAUACUCAGCAUUACUCCUACAACCAAUGGAUGCGGUCCAGCUAACGAAGGAUAUAUGUUAAUUGAAAGUGGUAUUCCAACAAUUUGUGGGUUUGGACCGAUUGGAGGCAAUGUUCAUGGCGUAGACGAGUGGAUAUCAAUUCCAUCAAUGGCUCAAACAGUUGAUAUCUAUGUUGAUAUUGUCUCUAAUUAUUGUCAGUUAUUCGGAUAA